ACUCUUUUCUUUGCAAAUUCUAUAUCUAACUGCCCUCCGUCACACUGAUCAUAAAUCACCACCAAUAAUUACUCUGGAGUCUUCCCGUAGACCAGCCCAAUCUAUCGAAAUAUGACUGGUCGCGGAGGUGGUCGCGGAGGCGGCAAAGUUCUCUUGCCCCCGAUCAAUUUCAUCUUCAAGUUGUUACAGCAAAGGUCAACGGUCUCGAUAUGGCUCUAUGAACAACUGGGUAUUCGAAUUGAGGGAAAGAUAAGAGGCUUUGAUGAGUUUAUGAACUUGGUAAUAGACGAUGCAGUUGAGGUCAAGGUCGACCCUAAGGAAGGACAAGAGCCCCGCCGAAAGCUUGGUCAAAUCUUAUUGAAGGGCGACAAUGUUUCAUUGAUACAAACGACGGACGCUUAAGCUUCGACGGGCACUGGGAUUUUCUGAGUUAUAGGAGUUGCACGCUGAGGGUAACGUGCGGGCCCAAAAGUUAUCAAUCCGUCUUUAUCUGCGCAUGUGAAGGCCCAUAAUGGCGCUCAAGACGAGUCGACAGGUCCAAAGUCUACGUCGACGCACGUAGAACAUGCCCAUCACCUACCACCAGGGCAUCAAGGCGCCAGUCACUCUGGUCCGUCGGCACCUUUUCUCCCACAGGAAGUAGCUGCUCUUUCAAUGCAAUACCAAC